AUGUAUGUGACUGGGGGCGGCGAGAGAAACGGCAUGCAGGCAGGCCAGCAUGGUAUAUCGAGCAGCACGAUCCCGGACAACGAGCAGACGAGAUGGAAGAAAAGGGAGAUCAGUGCCCAGUCGGCCAUCGCCACGGCCUAUCGCCAGCUGUACCGCGCCGGCCUCAAGGCUGUGAGAUACUCGACACCGCAGCGCCAUGUCCUGCGCUGGAAUCUGCGCUCCGCCUUCCGCUCUGGCAGCCAGAGUGAUUUCGACAGCACCAAGAUAGCGCAGACCAUCCUGUUCCUUGAACGAGCCGCCGCGUCUUCUACCAGCCUGGAGCACAAGAUUGUGAAGAAUCUGCUGCAUGUCAGAUACUGGGAGCAGGCAACCCUGAAACCCAGAUCCAAACCAUCACACACUCGUCCAUUCUCUCCAGCCUCCACCUCCACCAUCCGCGAACCGUCGCCACCACCCGGACCCAACCUCGGCCACGACAAACCCCAUCAACCUACCAGAGACUGCCCAAACGUCGACGUGCUUCAGAAUACGAGCCGGAACAAUCGAAUAACUGAUACAUCUUCCGACCGAGGCUUCGGCGCUACAAGGCAUCUUGCGGCAGAUGGGUCGAGCAAUGACGUGGUUCAGCUGGGAAAUAUGAACGAUCAAGACAGCCAUCGUAUCGACCGCAACAAUGUCGAAGCGCAACUUGAACCUCAGACAACAAACACAUCCCUAUACAAUUCUACUGACGGCACUCCGUCCGCCGUGACUGUACCUCCCCUAGACCGGUACGAUCGGCAGCUGCACGAAUUGCCAGAGGAUGAUGGGAUGAGGGUUUUGCGCAGGAAGAUCCACACGAUCAGAGACAACCACGCGACCAGCGCUGAAAAGGCACGCCUGAUACAUACCUUGAUGACCGAAAACUACGAUUCCACACGCAAGAACUAUUCCAGAGAGAGACAGCCCUCUCUGCCUCGAUUUCCAUCGAGCUUGCCGAGUCUUGAACAGUCCAACGCUCCUUCGUCGCCUCGACUACGUCGAUCCUUUGACCAGCUUUCUCUCGACCAUGCAAUUUCAGCCACAGCGGAACCCACCAGUAACGGAUAUAACCUCACGCCCGCUGAUCUAGAGCCCACUUACGCCCCUCGCGAUAUUGUCGUCGUUACAAAUAACUCAAACGAAGAACCGCCUGUUGAAUCCACCCCCAUUGAUAUUGGUGACGAUAAUAGUGAUUACUCGGACGAAAAUGUUAUGAUUUUGGGCUGUGAACAUUACAAACGCAACGUCAAAUUACAAUGCUACACAUGCAAAAAAUGGUAUACCUGUCGUUUUUGUCACGACCAAGUGGAGGACCACGCCCUUAUACGACGAAAAACCGAGAAUAUGCUGUGUAUGCUAUGUUGUCUUCCCCAGCCAGCAGCCCAAUACUGCAGAGGCUGUGAUGAACGAGCCGCUUCCUACUUUUGUGACGUGUGCAAGUUAUGGGAUAAUGAUAGUUCGAAAAGCAUCUACCACUGCAAUGAUUGCGGAAUCUGCCGCAUAGGUCAGGGCAUUGGGAAAGAUUUUUAUCACUGCAAGACUUGUAGCGUAUGCAUACCCAUCUCGAUCGAGAACACGCAUCGUUGCAUCGAACGUUCCACUCAAUGCGACUGUCCGAUCUGCGGGGAAUACAUGUUUACGUCCCCUGAUACUGUUGUUUUCAUGAGAUGCGGUCAUAGCAUUCACAAGAAAUGCUACUCUGACCACGCGAAAACUUCAUAUCGAUGUCCAAUUUGCAGUAAAAGCAUCAUGAACAUGGAAGCCCGUUUUCGUAAUCUGGAUCGAACAAUUGAGGGCCAGCCCAUGCCAAUUGAAUUCAAGGACACCAGAGCAAUGGUAUAUUGCAAUGACUGUGGCGCAAAGUCAAAUGUGCCAUAUCACUGGCUUGGUCUAAAAUGCGAUUUAUGUGAAUCUUACAACACAGCACAAAUUGCCAUGCGAAGCGGUACCAGUGAAGCCGAUGGUGAGGAUAGUGAAGCGUCUCCAGAACAAGCCAUCUCGUACAACCUCCCUGAUCAUACUUGUGAAUCCAUUGCGAACUCAAACUUAGUUGCAGAACCCUUAGAUGGAGAAAACGAGCUUUGGCGACCCCCUACCUCCAAUUCUUCUGACGGGCGCUCUUCGCGCGACAUACAACGAUCUCGUCCACAGCAAAUUUCCCCGACAGUUGGAAACUACUUUGACCUUUCUAGAGACUCGGCAUGGGCGCCUUCAAUCUUCUCUAGUCGCCGUAGUGAAGAGGGAAGUGACACCGAGGAGCUAGGCUUCUGGGCCACGUCACCUCUUCGUAAAUACGCACUCUUCCGAAAUCGCGGACUCGAAGGCGAUGAAGAAGGCGAAAGUGAAGACGAUAGCGAUAGCGUGUCUAACAAAGAUGAAGAUGAUGGCAUAGAAGAUGACGAUGACGACGAUAUCGACCCAAUUGAGUUAUUUGGGCAUCGUUGA